AUGAAUAAUGAAGAUUUGGAGCGAAUAACAUUCUCAAAUCAAACAUCAAUUUAAGGAACUGCUCAUUUCAGGAGCAGACUUGGAAAUGAUAAAUUUGAAAAUAUUAAAUUGAACAAGCAAUUAAAAAGUUAAAGCUUUAACACUUAUGGAAGUGGUACACCGAAAGCAAGGAAGACAAAAAAAACUAAAACAAAUAUUAUUUUAAGGAAUGAAGAAAAUGUAUUUGGAAGCAGAUUUGAUAAUGAUAAUUUAUCAAGAAAGGAUAUCUCUUCUGUUAAGAUGACAUUUGGUGCCAAAUCUGAUAAAGUUAAGUAGGACAGCACUAAAUAGAUAAUUUAAUAAAUAAAUGAAAAAGUAUCGAAGCAGAAAUACAAGUUUGCGUAGGAGAAAAUGAAAUGUAGAACUGAGAAGACCAUCAACAAUAGUGAUAAUUAAUUCUAUAAGAUGAACAAAAAGUACGAAAAAAUUAAGCAAAGAAUUGAAUAAAUUUAUUUAGUUGAUUUAUAUAAAAUAUAUGGAUAUCAAAGGUUGAAAUAUGAAUUGAAUAUUUAUCAAGAUAAUUAUAGUUUUUUGGAACUUAGAAAAAUCAUAGUCAAAUUUAUCUAUGGAAUCCUAAUUAUUUUAAAUCACAUGCAAAGAACCAUAUUUUACAAAAUAUUUAUGUCAAUCGUAAUAUUGGUCAAUCUAGUGAUUUUUGUAUCUAAAAUCUUAUCCUUAGAUGAUGAUAAGUUUGUAGUUUACGAAAUAAUGGUAAUUUAUAUCUACAUUGUUGAUUAAUUAUUCCGAAUAAUCUCAAAAGGAAUAAUAGGGCACAAACAUGCAUAUUUCAGAGUUGUUAAAAACUGGUUUGACUUAAUUCUAACAGUCCUAUAAAUUAACACUACAUUAAUUCGUAAUAUAGAAUCCGUAGAUUUUUCGCCAUUAAGAUUAAUUACAUUACUUUUGUAUUUGGGAGAUUUUGUACCAGGUAUUUAUACUUUCAAAUUAGGGUUGAAAAUCAUGUUGAAAUCCCUUGGUAAAUCAUUUAAAUACCUGAUCGAAGCUCUAAUCAUUGUGAUUGUUUUUGGACUAUUUUUUGCAACCCUCGGCUAGAGUCUUUUUCAUGGUCUUAUAAAUUAUCGUUGUCUACCAAGAUAAUAUGAUACUUUAGACAAUUAACCCUGGAUUUCAUGUAGGAUCACUUCCUGCCCUGAUGAUUUAGUUUGUCAAUACGUUUAAUCAGGACCAAAUAUUCCAACUUCUUUUAAUAAUAUUUUUUCAUCGUAUGCUUAGGUCUUAAGAACAAUUACAAUGGAUGAUUGGACUUGGGUUAUGUAUUUUACCCUCAAAAGCUAUGGUACUUAUAUCUGGGUGUAUUAUCUAUUGAUCAUCUUUUUUGGUGGUUUCUUUGGCUUUAAUUUAGUCAUUGCUGUUUUAAAAAUUCAUUACAGUUAGUAAACAAAUCAAAAAUUAAAUCAACUUGAAGAAGAUGAUUAGCAUCAAUAAGAGGAGAAAUUAAAUUUGCAGGUCCUCAAACAAAAUGGAUUGUAUCACCCUAUUUUACAAUAUAAACUGUAUUUGAAAGGGGACCACUAAUUAUUACAUAAAAGUUUCUGUUCAUUGGGCUCUAGUUUGUCAGAACAACCUCGUAUACUAUCAGGAAAACACUAUUCAAAAUAUGAUAACAAUUAUCAGUUUUUAAAGUAAUUUUCAUUGAAGACUUUAUUGCUACCUAAAUUCUUGGAUAUUAGAAAAUAUUAGAAUUUGCUUUAGGAUUUGUAUGACAAUUUAAUGGAGAAGCCUGAUAUAAAUAUGCAGUGUUUGACUCAUAACGAAUUUACAAGAUAUUGGGCAAAUGCAAAGAAUGUGGGAUACAUUUCAAAUAGUGCCUCUGAUGUUAUGCAUAUUAAAUCAGAAAUCAGUUAGAAGAUGUUAGCUUAGCAAAGAGUUUUGUAGUUUAGAUAUCAUACUAAACCAAGAAAUCAUAUGUAAAACUAAAAAGAGUUCAAAGUAUUUCCCAUAUUUAAGAGCUCAAGACUAAAAGAUAAAAUUGCAUCAUUUGCUUCUAGCGGGAUUACAUUAAUGGAUAUUCAUCAUCAUCAAUCUCGGGCCACUUCCCAAUUACAAACUAUGUCCAUCCAUCCUAAUAAUAAUUUAUUUGUUUCAACUUAAAUUAAGAAGAAUACGAAUACAUUUAUUUUGCAUAAAGAGAAAGAAAUCUAUGUCAAAAUAUAUGGAUUCUAUCAUAAUUAUAAAGCAGUCUCAGAGUUGAUCAACAAGAAAAUACAAAUUAGAAUUGCAGAUGAGAUAAAAGAUUAUGAAGAGAAAUAUUUAUAGAUAAGAAUGUCAGAAAUGCAGACCGGAAUUAUUGAGUCCAAAAACUGUUCCAUCUCUAGUGUUAUUAAUAAUUAUGAACAUAAAAAUAUUAUAAAGCAUUCGUUAAACCAUGUUGACUAUUUGAUUUGGUUGUUGGGAAUAAGAGGAAAAAUUAUAAUUAUUAGGAAGAUUACAUUUAUUAUUAUUACUAAUAAAUUUACCAAUUUCUUUGUAGAUUGUGUAAUUUUAAUAAACUUUUUAUGCUUAAGUUUGAUAGGCAUUAUAUCUAAUCAAUUUCUUACAGUUAUAGAAGAUUUCACAACAAUAGUAGUUUCGCUCGAACUUGUUUUAAAGUUAAUCUCUUUUUAAACAUCAAGAUUAAUUUAAAAAGACUAACUAAUUUUCGAAUCUAUUAUCAUUUUAAUUAAUUUCAGUGAAAUGUCAUUUAGACAGGUUUUGAACUAAUAAGAUAUUAUUGCUCGAUUACUAAGAGGCACAAAAAUUCUAUUAUUUCAUAGAUGUUUAAAAUAUAUUAGAAUGGCAGUGCUAAUAGGUCUGAUAGCAAAAAGAACAUUUAAAUAAUAUAUCUAUUUGACCUUUUUAAUGUUUUUAAUGAUUCUUAUUUAUGGUUUAUUGGGCAUGGCUGUUUAUGCAAGUAGCUUUGAUGAAACAACUUUGCUUGGACAUUUGCAUUCCUAUAAGGACCCUUUAAAGUCUUGGAUGACUGUGUUUAAUAUUAUGACAAAUGAUGAUUGGUAUGGUGUACUAGCAUUAGGAACAAAAGCUAAUUAAGUAUUUGCAUUUAUCUACUCAUUUUCAAUGAUUCAUUUUUUAAAUUACAUUACUUAUGGUUUGGUGAUGGCCAUAUUAUUGGAUGGCUUUGGAGAGUAUCUGAUAGAGAUUAAGAAAGAUUAAGAUAUUAGGUUCAAGGAUGGAGUGUCAGAGAAACAUGAUUCAGACUCUGACGCUGAAGAGAAUGAUAAAGAAAAGGAGAAAGCUACCAAAUCACUUAAAUAAUUAGCUUAAAACCAAUAAGUCUAGAAGGAUACUUAAUAUUGGUAUCUUUUAGAAUCGAUAUUGAAAUAGAUAAAAACUAAGAGAAGAAAGAUUUACUUAGGAAUUAAGUGCAAGGAAUCCUUAUUUUGUUUUGACAAGUUUAAUAAAUAGAGAAUACUCUGUGUAAAGACUAUUAGAUCGGAAAUCUUCUAUUGGAGCAGAUUGGGAUUAAAUAUAGGAUUUAUCGUUUUGCUUGCAAUAUAAACAUAUCAAGUGGAGUAUAUGGUUAUCGUUGACUCUUUGAUUUUGAUUACUAAUCUAUUAAUAACCGUGUAGACAAUUAUGUUAAUCAUAGCAUUGGGCUUAAUUCAUGAGAAAGGAACUUAUAUACAACAUGUUUGGUAGAUCACAGACAUAAUGUAUUUAGUAUGUUAUUAUCUUUAAUUGAUUAAUACUGAAAGUAGAAUAUUACAUUUAUUUUUGUAUUUAAGAUAUUUAAGACCAUUUAAAUUACUGUAUUCGUUUAAACCAAUAGUUAAAUUGUAUAAUUCUUUAGUGGCUGCCUUAUAUAAUAUGAGUAAUGUAUUGAUAACACUAUUAAUAAUUUGGACAAUGUUUGCAGUCUAUGGUAUGAUACUAUAUUAAAAUAAAUUUGGAUUCUGUGAUGACUUGAUGUAGUUUGAAAUCAAUAAAUAAUAAUGUGAAGAUGAAGGCAGAAGAUGGAUUACUUAUUAGCAUAAUUUUGAUAAUAUCACCGUUGCUUUACCUACAUUGUUUGUGAUAUCUACAUUUGAUGGUUGGGGAGAGAUCUUACAAGUAGCUGAAAAUUCAAGACCUUCAUAUUAAGGUCCAUUUCCAUUUGCAAAUCAAUUGCCCACUUAUAUCUAUUUGACUCUGUUCUGCUUUAUAGGUUCAAUGUUUUUCUUAAGUUUAUUUACUGGUUUAUUGUUCCUAAAUUUAAAAGCAAGUUAAUAGAAAAUAGAGUAUGAUGAUUUAACAGUCUAUCAAUAAGAGUUCAUACAGAUCUCGCAAAAAAUCCUGAGGGAUUCUCCUUCAUUUUCCUAGCCUCCCCGAAACAUCAUUAGAAGAAUAGCUUAAAAAUUAAAUAGUAAUUCCUAUUUCUAAUAUUUAUCAUUUCUUAUACUAAUACUAGAUACAAUAAUUUAAAUGUCAUUUUAUUAGGAUAUGGAUGUUGAGGUUGCAUUAGAAUUGAACAAGUUCCAUGAGAUAAUAUCGGUCCUAUUUACUUUUUGGGUCAUAGUGUAACUAUUAGAUUAUGGAUUUAAGAGAUUUAUAGAUGAUUAAUGGAGAUUAUUCUAUUCAUUCAUAGUUAUAAUUUCGAUGUUUGAAUUGAUUGCUACUUAAAAAUAUGAUCUAUUUAAAAUUCAAUUUACAUCAACAAUGUUCACUGAGAAUUACCAGAUUAUACGAUUACUAAUUCUGAUAUUAUUUAAAGGAUUUGAUGAUCUCUAGAGAUUAAUCAGAGUAAUGAUUUUCUCAUUUCCAUUUUUGGGAAAGAUAUUAUUUAUUUUGAUUGUAACUACACUAUCAUAUGCUUUGUUAGGAUGCUAACUAUUUGGGCAUAUAGAUAAAGGAGUCAUUAUAGAUUCUCAGAUUAAUUUUUCAACUUUUACAAGUUCUCUAUUGACAUUAUUGAAGUGUGGAUCUUGUGAUAAUUUUAGAAGUAUAAUGACAGACACAAUGAUCCAUAAUAUAUACUGUUAUGAUGACCCUCGUUAUUGUGGGUCAUAAUUUGCAUAAAUCUACUUCAUUUCCUUUGUUUUCAUAUCAAACUAUGUGCUUUUAAAUUUAUUUGUCUUGGGAUUGAUAGAACAAUUCGAGAAAUUCUUCCAAUCUGAGAAUUCUAUACUUUAAGUAUACAUUGAAUCAAUUGAUAAAAUAAAAACUGUUUGGUGUAAAUAUUCAUAUCAAAGACAUGGAAAAGCAAUGCACUACUUAUAGAUUUGCAAGUUUCUGUUAGAAAUUGGCUAGCCUUUCACUCAUGUCAAAGAUAACAUUUGGGAUGCAGCAAGAUUGGCUGGAUACUUAAAAAUCAGGACUGAUGAUCAAGGCUAUAUCUAAUUUAAUUCUUUAAUUUAUGAAAUAUUCAGAAGAACCUUCAAAUAAUAAGUGUUUAAAUAGGGUUCUGAAGAUUCCAUUAAGAUCAUUAAAAAGUUCAAUAAGGAGAUGCAAAUGAGACUCUUUUAUUUUAGAAGAGACAAGUUGCAAAAACGAUCUUUUAUUGCCACAUAUGUGGAAUUCAACAGUAAUUUUAGUAUUGCCAGUGACUAUCUAUCGAUUUUGGUCAUUUUCAAAGCUUGGUAAAACUAUACUAAAUAAUUAAUUAAAAGAUCAAAACUCGAAUAAGAGGAUUUUUCUGAUAAUUCUUCUUUUGGACAAGAAAUAUUGACAUAUUCUCAAGAGUAGACGAGGAAGAAGAACAAAAUCCCCUCGAAUCCAAUUAAAUCUAAUCAAUGUUUAACAUUUGAGAGUGAUAACAACCUCAAUUUUAAAUAACUGGAUUUACCUGUUUACAAUGAUAACGAACAUUAUUUAACUCCAAAAAGAGAUGUUUCCAAAAUGACUUCUAAUCUGCUUCAAUAAUUGCAAAAACGAACCAUCAUUAAACCUAAAAAAGAUUCCACUACUCCCUCUUCUAUAAUCAAAUAACCUACAAAGUUAGCAAGAUAUCCAGCUGACAUAAUAUUUAAUCCACAAAGCAAUCAAAGUAAUUUCAACUAAAGUGCGAAUAACUCUUUUAGAUCAUUUAUAUCGCAUACAGAAUCAUCAUUAUCUUCAAUUGAUGGAAUACCUGGGAUGAUAAUCUGA